UACAUAAAGUACCGUUGCUUUAAAUGAAAAAAAGUAAUUGAGCUCGCAAUUUGUGGAAUUCAUUCAUAGUGGAAAAAACAAAGAUGGUUUAAUUGAAAUGGUUAAGAUUCGUUGAAUUGUCUUAAAAACCUCGAUACCCUUGGAAGUCUUCGGAGACUGAAAAUAUAUUUACUUUAAAACACUAAGAUUUUCUAAAAAAAUCUAUGGAAAGUAGAAGCUCGGACAUAUUUAAUGGCAAAAUAAGCAAUUCGAUUGGAUAUUUUUGGUGAAUGCCAGAGCAAAAAUGAUCAGCAACAGUGAACGCAAUAAUGGUGGUGCAAUGGUCAAAGGCAAUUUUGAACCAUUACCGGUAAUAUUGGAAAAUGGGCGUAAAGUCUAUGGACCACCAUCAAACUAUACGGAUCCACCACCAACUUACCAAUGUGAAUUAUAUGUUACUCGCAUUCCAACUCAUUUGGAUGAAUUGACAUUCCUAAUGUGGUUACAUCGCAUCGGUCGAGUGUAUGAAUUCCGUCUAAUGAUGGAUUCAGGUAGUUCUACACGUGGUUAUGCUUUUAUUCGGUUUUGCAGCGAAAGUGAAGCUUUGGCUGCGUUCGAACUCCUUAAACACCUAUUUGUGAGCGGCAGCGAUGAUCGUCUUGGUGUUUAUCGUUCUCAGGGUAAAAACCGCCUAUACAUUAGUGGCAUACCACGGUCCAUACCACUGAAUAUGUUGCAGGAACAAUUUAAGUUGUGCUUCCCACAAAUGCAUAAUUGCACAGCUUAUGCGCCAGUAAGAAAUAUGAAAACCAAGCCGCUGCCGUCUUUUACGGCAAUGAACUUUGUGGGUGCCGCUGAGAAGGAGGAAAAUCGUGGAUUUGCUUUUAUCGAAUUUAAAGAUCAUGAAAUGGCAUUGGAGGCAAAGAAACGUUUAACGCCGGGCCGUGUUCGCAUGUGGGGUGUUGAUUUGAAAGUUCAAUGGGCCAAGCCAAAAGAGGAAUUGCAAGGUGGCAUGAAGAAUAUGAAUGGAUAUCCAUAUAACCGGCUUUCUGGCCAUCCCUUCAUUCCAAAUGAUUUCUGUGCCAAAUUGCGUCUUUAUUGUUUGGCCAAUAACUUGUGCAUUCCCAUUGUUGUCUAUGGGCCAAUUAGUCCGGUUUAUUAUCUGCAAUAUGCAGGGAUUUUAAUCAAAGACAGUACAUCCGGGCGAUAUUCCAUGAUGAUUUUCGAAAUAUUAUUCGAUCGCAUGUCGGACAUACACUUGGCCAUGUGUGAAUUGGCUGUUAAAAUGAUUGAACGUAAUGUGGGCCAGAUAUUUGACCAUUCCCUGUUUAGGAUUGUUAGUGACACGAAAGCCGAAUUGGUGUACACCUUUAAAAGUCAUGAAGAACUUUGCAACGAAAGAUCUUUGUACGGGGAAUUUCUACAAUUCAAAACAAUUCUAAAUUUGGCAUACUCUUUGAAAUUAUUGGCCGAACACAAUUCGGAAAAACUUUUAAUUCUGUAUAAACGUUCUUUUCUCACAUCCCAGCAGGUGGCAUCAUUUGAAUUGGACAACGAGAAUACGUUUUCAAAAUUUUACUCAAUUUUACCAACAUUUCGUAAUAACCAAAAAUUAAAUAAUAAUUUUAAUAACAUGGAAAUUAAUUUACUACAAAAUCCCGAAAUUGAACAUCUGCCAAUAAGAUGUAAUACCGAUUUAUUUAAAUUUCCAAAAUAUGGAAACGAGAGAACAUUCGGGAAAAAAUCCAUAACAGAACAUUUUAAUUUAAAAUCUCAACAUGGCUAUGGCGUGAAGUAUAUCCUUGCCUAUGUUGACUAUAAUAGUUUGGCUCAGCGUACAUGUUAUCAUGUAGAGCAACGUGUCAAUUCAAAUCCAAUAUGGAUUGCUGGACAAUCAUAUCAGAAAUCGAUUUAUAAUUAAGACGUAUCACAACAAGAUGAAAGUUAUUUAUAACUGAAAACAUAAUUAAGUAACUUGAUCACCUACCUACCAAAAUGUGUAAAACAUUUAUUUUAUGUUUAGUUUUUUCUUUUUCAUUGAAAAGUUGAAAGUGGACUUUUUGCUUUUGUUUUAAGUAAAUACUACAUAUUUUUUUUAUUAAAUUUUAUUUAAUUAUGUAUGUUUCUUGCUGCUAUAUAUUUGUGUGUAAUUUCCCCCUUUUUGUGUAUCACGCCUAUAUUUUAUAUAUUAAGCUAUAAUUUUACAGAGAAGUAACAGUUUGGUUUAUUUAAAUAGUAUUAAUUAUUGUCCUCUUAUUACGAUAAGUCUUUACUACUUUUCUAUAUACGCUGCUAUUAAGUUUAAGUUCUCCUCAAGCAUAUUUGCCUAGGCCUUAAUCUCAUUUCGAAGAAAAUAUUUAAUGGCCAUUUAAUUUAGCUACCUACAUACACAUAAUAUGUAUAAAUAAAGUUAAUUACUU